GGGGGCCGGCCGCGCGAGGCGGCCCGGGGCCGGGCGGCAGCAUGCGGAGCGGCGAGGAGCUAGACGGCUUCGAGGGCGAGGCCUCGAGCACCUCCAUGAUCUCGGGCGCCAGCAGCCCGUACCAGCCCACCACCGAGCCGGUGAGCCAGCGCCGCGGGCUGGCCGGCCUGCGCUGCGACCCCGACUACCUGCGCGGCGCGCUCGGCUGCCUCAAGGUCGCCCAAGUGAUCUUGGCCCUGAUUGCAUUCAUCUGCAUAGAGACCAUCAUGGAGUGCUCCCCGUGUGAAGGCCUCUACUUUUUUGAGUUUGUGAGCUGUAGCGCAUUUGUGGUGACGGGAGUCUUGCUGAUCCUGUUCAGUCUGAACCUCCACAUGAGGAUCCCCCAGAUCAACUGGAACCUGACCGAUUUGGUCAACACUGGACUCAGCACUUUCUUUUUCUUUAUCGCUUCGACCGUACUGGCUGCUUUAAACCACCAAACCGGGGCAGAAAUCGCUGCUGUGAUAUUUGGCUUCUUGGCAACUGCGGUGUAUGCGGUGAACACGUUCCUGGCGGUGCAGAAAUGGAGAGUCAGUGUCCACCAGCAGAGCGCCAGUGACUACAUCCGGGCCCGCACGGAGUCCAGAGAUGUGGACGGUCGCCCUGAGAUUCAGCGCCUGGACACAUGAGCCCCAGGGGCCCUCCUCCCUCUCAUCCUCGUGCCCACCCUUCCAACCAAGUUUUCUUUUCCUCGUCACGUCAGAUCUUCCUGUGAUUAAGCUGAAUUUUGUCCUCUUGGUAAAAGCUCAUUCCGGGAAAGGGUUUUCGGAGAGUGGCCCUGUUGGCGGGUCUGUGAGGCGGGACCCCAACGGCAGCUGCUGAGACGGGGGCAGGGGCGGCUGGGAGAGGCCCGCAGCUUCUCCAGCAUUCGGUAGCUGUCGAGCCGCCAGCCUCACUCACUGGCUGCCGUGUCUCCUCUAGGUCCUCACUGUCCCCGAGUACAGGCUUCAUUCACAUCUGACGCGGAGCCACCCUGUCCUAGGUUUUUGUGACAAGUCAAGACUUUGGAUUAAUGGGAGCUGCUAAGAGGGGUAAAAAAAAAUCAAGGACUGAAGGUGCAGGGUUGAAGAGCCAGCAGUAGUCGCUGGCCAGGCCCCCGCGGGCGGCAGCGUGUAGUCCUCCCCCCGGACCCCUCCCCUGCUCCUCGUCUUCCAUCCCUGGGCCGUGGAGACGCCGAGGGUUUGGCCCCGGGUGUGCUGCUGGAGCUGUUUGCAGGGUCUGGACUCUAUGGGGAUGGGAAGAGCUGCUGUCCUCCGGGCACAGCCCGGCAGGCCUGCUGCCAUGCGGGAAGGUCGCCCUUCGUUUCCCGCCCUGCUGAGAACUCGCUCCGCUGCUCCUCCCAUGCGUCACCUCCCCGAAUCCCACGAUCUCCUCCAGAAAUAUGGGACCAUCCUGUUUUCCAGUUUCCUACCCACCCUUGUUACUUGGAGGCCGAAUUGCAGACUCCCUGCAGUUUUACCUUCUCAGGUAAAAGUCACACAAAAAAGUACAGUCCAUUCCACCAGCCAGAAUGCUUGCCCAUUUGCUGGCUUCAUGGACCACGGGUGGGGACACAUCUCUGUUUUAGGGACGUGUGCUAAUUUUUGAAUGCCUGAGGACAGUUGUAAAGUGAUUCUGAGUAGGUUUGUCUAGGAUUUGAAAAUACUUGAAUUUCCACCACGACACAUGGUUUCACUGAUGUUUCGGGAGGCACAGAUUGUCGCUUUCGUGCCUCAGGGUCCUAACUAUGAACACUGAUCUUGGAAGUUGUGGGGAAGAAUUCUGGUGACGUCAGAUUUUGAACGGAUUCUUGAGAAAGUGAAGGUUAUGUAGUGAAUGUGUUCAUUGAGCCCCUCUGAUGCUGUAGUGUAGUGGUUUUUGUCCUUCGUAUUCUUCCUGUUGGAGACUAACUGUAUUGCUCACGGAAAAAUUGUUUUCCCUUGUCGGUUUCCCCUCUCUGAACUGUUCAUGUUUACAGACCUUCUUCUCGCUCUUCUUACUCUGCGUUCGGCCAUCCCCCGAGAGGAGACCUGUCCCGCUGGGGGGGACAAGUGUGCAGCCCCGGGAGAGCCCCUGGGACGACCUCGCGGAGUGGUGGACGAUGGCAGUGGUGGCCGGGCACCGUGUAAGGGGGGAGCGGACGUGAGUGUGUUGGGCAGUGGGGGGGACACAGCAUAGGUGAGAAAGCGUCCACCCCUGCCCAUGCCUCUGAUUUCCCAGUGCAGGUCCCACUGCUCAGCCUGCAGUUCUUGAAGGGUGGGGGCAAGGGGUUAGCCCCGUGGACAGGCCAUCCAGUACGAUUGGAAUUCUGCUGAGCUUCCUUUCUGGGGCAGUGGCCUGGGUCACGUGUGUAAGCUCCUUGUCUGUGUCCCGUGCAGACCCCCGCUCCCACGCAGGUGGGAUGGAGCCCCCGGCCCCUGUCUGUGUUGGGAGGCAGCACCAGUCAGGAGUCGCAGACCUUGAACUUAGUAGAUGUAGUGACUUUGGAGGAGAUUAGGACAUCUGGAUUUUAUCUGCUCCUUUUGUGUAUUUAUUCUCCAUUUGUUGAGUGUCGUCAAAAAUGGGCUUAUCUCCCUCUGAGAGUUCCAGUUAGACACAGGGUGGCGAAGACUCAGCCCUGCAUUCAGCGGGGCCCACUUGGAAAGACCACCCUGCGCUUUAUCGGCAAUCUGCCGGAAUCAUGUUACUUGGCCUCACUAAAAAGCCGCCUUUGAAGUGAGAUCAGGGGGAAAAAAAAAAAAAUACCACUCAGGCAGGUUUGCUGCCCAAGUUUUCCGAAGUCACUACAAUAAAACCGGUUUAUCGUCUGGUGAAAAAGGGCCUGUUGAUCUCCUGAGGAUGUGUUGAAAGCUGCAAGAAAUGGUUCUGAAGUCCAUCAAAACUGUAAAGGCUUACAGGUGAUAACAAGUGACGGCAUCUUGUGCCACAGAGGGGCUUAGAGUCAGUUUGCAUCGUAGUGUUAGAAUCUUCAGAAUUAUUUAUGUCCCUGUAACUAUUUAAUAUCUUUUGUGCCAUGAGGUUCCCCCAUGCUUUUUGUAAAUACAUUGCUUUAUAUUUAAUUAGCUCCCAGCAAACCCAGCAGCGGCCAGGCCCGCUCUCUAGCUCACAAACCUGGGUGGCGUGGUGACACAGAUGGUCGCGCCGGGCACUGUGGCAGUGAGCGCUGGUGGAGGGAAUUUGGCUGUCGAGGGCAGGUGUGACGCUGCCUGCAUUUUCCUUGUGUUGCGUCUGUGUACAAACAAGAUAGUCUAGAUGUAGGGGGGCUUAACAGGCCUUCCCCCCCCCCUUUUCUCCAAAUUGAAGGAAGCCUAUUUGUGCAUUUAAUAGUUCCAAUAUGGACCACAUUGAUUUGGUUUGGGGGAUUUUUAAGGCUAAGGCAAUCUUCAUGUUGCUCAGCUUUCUGGUAGGAUGAUGCUGGCUUUCAGAGUGGGAGCCAGACUUGAUGGGAACUGCAGUUGCUGUAUAAGUUGGAAUUUGUUCCUGGACACUGUGUGGUUGAAACCCGCAAGCAUCUCGGGGAACUUCUGGGGGUUUUGGAUGGAUGCAGACACUGACGUCUUCAGGGAAGGUUGGUCUUGGCACUGAUUCAGUUGAUGUGGUAUUUUUUCCCUCCGUUUCUCCUGUGUCUUUUUUCACUGCUGAAGAUAUGGAGAGAGAGGUCUUUCCCUUACAAACAGAAGGAUUACAGUCAUGGAGGCUUAAAGACCCUCAUUGGCCUCAUAGAAAGCCAGGGAAGGACAAAGGCAGUACGGAUUACACUCUCAUAGAAGUUUGAUACAAAGUAUUUUAUUUUCGAUUUUUACUCUAUGCAACACUUGUCCAAGAGGGAUGACCUUUGCCUACCAAAAGGCAGGGAUGGCAUAGCCUGUCCAGCCCCCUUGCUUUCUCGGCAAGCAGAGAUGAAGUGCCCUUAUGGGCAGAGUCUGGCCCAGCCACACGGAAGCCAGUGGGGACCCAGUAUGGCUCUGAAGGUUCAGCUCCGGGAGGCAGAGCCCACCCCCAGCCCUCGGGGCACCGUGACAGUCCCCUGGCAAGGAUGCUCUUGCCCAUGGGUAGAGGUGGUAAAUCUGAUGUGUUGGAUGCUUCUGGUGAGAGCUUUUGACUCCACUAAAAACAUGUCUACUCUCUUAAAAUUUGCAGUUUCAUCGGUCUUUCUUUGAUGCUUUCUUAGUGAUUCAGUCUUCAGUUAAGCCAUAGGCAGUCUCCUGGGGAGAGGAAGCACCAACUUCUUUGUCUGUGCACGUAUGUGAAUUCUCGCUUGCAGCCAGUAAGCCUGGAAUAAUGCCUCCGUGUGUCAUAUCCUGUGUUUGGUCCUUCUGUAGACACUCGUGUGCUCUUUGGGAAGAAAUUCCUCACCCCUGCAUGUGUUUAAGAGGUGGAGCGGGUUCUAAUCUCUGGCUUUGCAAGAUCUUCCCUAAAGAUGAAUAGCGGUGUGGAGGCAGUGUGUGGCCAGUUCAGUGAUUCUGGGAGUCAGUGAUGGUUUAAGUGGUCCCCAUCGUGCCUCGGUGUUCAAAACCAAGCAACCAUGAAGUCAUUUACCGCCACCUGAUGUUUUUUCCCUAUCUUGUUUAUAGGAAAAUAAUGACAUUAAACAGGUAGCAAAAGGCAAAACAAAACAGAAAACACUUUCUAGACUUAAGGCUUGUGCCGCUUGAUUCUCUCCAGCAAAAUAAAAAGUUGCUUCUUGCCCCAGGGAUUGCCAUGAGCUUGUGAGGUCCCAGACGCUUUUUUAGUUCCUAGUGAACUUUACAGAACCCAGGGGGUUCUGUCUUUGAGUGUUUCUUACCUUAUCAGCAAGCACCCACUCUGAGGACCAGCUAGGCGAUGGCCUGGAGAGGUGGGAGCAGGGGGUGGGGCCUGUUCGGGCAGUGAGAGGAGGGAGGGGCUCAGCACACCCAGCUGUGUACUGGGGGAUCCUUCAUCACACCACACGUGGUGACCCACCUGGGCCAUUUGGAAAAAAUGUACUUGGUGACCUACCUUCCUAUCCUCUUGCGUUGGAAAAAAUGAGGUCUUGUGUUUGGAAUCAGCCUGAGAGUGAGAGCUGGAUGUGGGGACUGGCCCGCCUUGGAGCCCUGACUGGGCUCUGGGUGUCUCUUGAGUCUGGGCGGGGUGCCUCAGAUUUCGGGGUGCCUCAGAUUUCGGUGUGCCGGCCUAGAGGGAACGCCGCCCUGACGCUGCCCGCCUUGAGCUUUGUAAAUCUUCCUGGCUCUUCAUAAAAUCUUGUGUUUCCUCUCUCCUUAGCAGAUAUUACUGAGAUCAUAAGAACUGUCUGGUUGAAAAGGUAGUUUGAAAUAUUUGAACCCUGUCCCUUGCUUUUCUUUAGAAGCCAUUUCUGACAGAAAACACCCUCAAUACCUGUCGAUCGGGAAUUUCCUUCUGAAAAUGAAUGUUCCGGUUGACUUUUCCUUACACCUGUAAGUGGCAUUUAUACACUCCUGGGCUUGAAACAGAGCAAUGGGUCCUCAUGUGUUUUGGUCUAGAUUACAUUUUUAUUCCAUUUGGAUGUCAUUUCCCAACCUUGGGGAUUUUUUUCCCUCCUUUCCAGUUUUUCUUAUUCAAUCAACAGUACAGAAAAAAGUUACCUAUAAGCCCACUGAGCUUGAAUCAGUGGCAACUUGCAUAAAGUAAAACUUAGAUUAUGGAUCCUUUAAUAGUGCAUCAUUUUUAUAGGGUUAGUUUUUUUGUCUACAUUUUUAUGCCAGGACAUUAAUUUGGUGACUUGCUUAUUAGACUCCUGGGAGUGGCCGGUUUUCUUUGGGAUGCAUUGUACACAAAGGUCAGAGAGCAGAGAGCCUUCAUUAAGGGGUUAAAAGCCUGGCUUGUAGGGAGCUCUCAGAACUUUUUUGGUUCCAAUGAACUUGUCUCAGAGGACCUGAGUGAGCUCUGGUGAUGGGAUUAGGGCUCGGCCUGAAGUUUCUUUUCCGAAUUGUGCCUCCGAGGAGUGGAGGUGUGACAGGUAGAUUCAGGGGCUGGUUUGUAUGGGACUUGAUAAUAGUCUGAACGGGUCAAAUCUGAGUUGUCUCUGGAGGAGGAUGCCAAACACUGGUGGGAAGCAUCUUGUUUAACCAGGAAGUGAGGACACGGGGGAGCGGGGGAGGUACCCAGGCCGGGUCUAAUGGAUGGCUGCCCCCCUCUGUGGGCCAUUUUGCUUUCCUGCCUUUUCCAGAAUAGGUUUGCAAGUUUUGAAACUCUGUUCCACUCUCUAGAGAAUGGAGGAAGGCAAAUCAUCAGGGCUUGAAGAGAGAACUGGCUGACCCAAGGCUGGGGGAGGGCCGGCUCCCUGGGAGAGGACGAGGGCAGGAGGCCUGCAUGGACCCCCAGGCCGGUCCAGACCCACAUGGGGGCUGCCUACUUCCAGCGCUUCCACUCUGUAACCCAAAAUGAGUUUUCCAUUCCUGCCUCAUGAUGAAACUGACAUAUGUGGAUAAAACCAGUGCUUUUAAUAACUUGAUUUUGAUGUUCCCUCGAAGCGAAUGUAGGGAUCGAAACUAUUUGUAUAUUUUGAAGUUUGUAGGGGUUCAGGAACCCGUGGCAAAAACACUUAACUAUUUAUUACAGGUAUGACUGUAUGUGUCUCCCCCCUCCCCACAAAGUAGGUAAUUCUGUCUUUGUAUAUUUUAAGACAAAUAAUAAUCUCUUCACCUUUGGUGCCUUCCGUGUGUCAGUCACAUAAACACUUGUCAAUCAUGGAAUUGAAAAAAAGAUGUACAUUUAGUUAAACCAGAUGACACUAUUUUUGUAGCAUGAUUUUAGAUUGUGUCCUUUUAAUAUUGCUUUUAGCAAUGAUGGUUUUGAGGUUUGGCCAUUAUCCCUUUAAACUUCGUUACGUAUUUUAAAAAAGAAAAAAAAAAAACAACAACCCACCUUGGCUAUUCCCGUCUCCUCUCUGCUGCUUUCUCUCCCCAGCAACUUGUUUCUGCUUAUUUCAACAGUCUGAGAGUAAGAGUAUAUUUCUGUGAAAUGAUUAUUAAUCAGUAUAACUGCAUCUGGCAUUUUUAAACCACUUGGUCAGUUAGAGAGCCACUGCUCACCUCAAGCAGAAAGGAGAAAGUGGUUUCAUAAAAAAGGAUAGACACACGUGGUGCUGACUCCCCCGUCUUUGGGUCCAAAACAGCGAAGAGCCCCAUUGUUGGGGGCUGGUGAGGCUGAGGGCCUUCUCCAGCCUGAUGUCUUCCAGGACCGGCUCGGGCCAGUGCUCCUGCCCUGCAGGCUGGCUUCCCUCUGCCCGCGGGAGACGGGCUGCCCGCGCGGCCUCCACUGGCUGGCCUUCUCGGACCUCACAUUGGUUUACGGAUGCGCGGGGUGGGCUCCGUGGCCCUUUCUGAUUUUCUGCCUGGACAAAAUAGAUGUCCUGCUGCGAGGAGCUUCAUGAAAUCAAGAUUUGCCUCUACCUGCUCCUUUGGCUUUCCCACUCCUGUAGGAUGUGGGUUCUGUCUGGUCAAGAAAAUUCUUGAGUAAACUAGCUGAGCCGCUGCAACAUGAAGGAAUGGAUUUAUGGAAACGUAAGAUUAUAGCUUCUCUUUUGUCCCUUUGAAGGGUCAGAAUAUGUAAUUAUUUUAACAAAGGACGUCAAGUCAGAUGGCUAAUAACUCUAAUAUGAUUAUUCAUUGGUACUUGGCCCGGUGGCACUUUGGAGGGCAAUGUUAAUUUAACAUUUUACAUUUUGCUUCUAAAAAGUCUAUUUCCUUUGCUAGUUGGACACAGCUGUGGGCAUUCUGAGGUGAUGCCCAUGUGGCACACAAUGGUUUAUGCUGUUGGUGGGUCACCUGGCUUCUCAGACUCUAGCUUGUGGGUUUGACUCUAUCCAUUUGGAGUGGUUUUGGCGCCCCAAAGCCUUUGCUCCUGGCGGUUUGUCCCUGACAGCAGACAGAGCCUCACAUUGCCCUCAAUUUUGCCCCUUUAUUUCUUUUGAAGGACCUAUUUUUCAUGGUACUUGUCCUGAUUGUUUUCAUAGUGUUCAAAUCUGUAUUUUUGUAUGUAGAGGAAAAUAAUUUUCUCAACACUAAUCGCUAAUAAAUAUUGUAUUAAAUUGUCAUGAAGGAGUACUUGUUUAAUAAAUGGACACAUAAAAGUGG